GGCAGACGAAUCCCACCUGCUGCUCCACUCACAUGACUUUCCUCUCCGCACCGUGACAUAAAUGCAACACACCUUUUCCUGGAGGGCGGCCUGUUCGAGCUGUCAGGGCCCUGCCUCCUCCUCCUCCUCCUCUCAGGUGCAGCCACACUCAUCAUCUGCCAUGUUUGCUGCAAACUCCCACCGCUGCUGCUGCUCUGCACGAUGCUUUUGAUCAGGAGGAGAAACCUGCCGACGCUUUUGUCGUGUGGCUUUAACGCAGCUUUAAAAGAAGAAGGACCGUUCGGCCUCCACGCCGCCUCUUCCCCUGCUGGAGUUUGAAUGUUUGUCCACUCUGGGCUGGAGAUGUCACUGACUCGGCUCUGGAGAGUGGGAGCUUCACUCAGGUGCUUGCUUUGAGGAGCUCAUCAUGCAACAGGACAAACAGGAUAAGGAUCCAGUGCAGCGUACUGACGACUUAAAACAUCAAACAUCUUCAAUAUAAAAGGUAAAGUCAGAGACAGCGCACACACGGGGUCUCCCAGCGGCUUCAUGUCCAUCCGGGCGGCUCCGUCCCCUUGCCACUCCAGCUGACCUCUGGUGACCUUGUAAAACAUGGCCGUCCCCUUGUAGUGAGGCGAGCUGUAGUUCCCAAAGGGGUCCACUUCGGUCAGACGCACCAGGAGGUGAUUCGUGCGCUGGGUGUGAAAGCUUUGCUACACAUGUGACUGUGUUUCUGUACUUGUGGACGUGAUGUUGCCGCUGAAACGCAGCAGGAGCUGGUCCCCCUCGCACAUGGAGAUGUCGGACGAGGCCUCCAGCGGGCCGCCGUAGCCCUGGGCCCCCAGUUUGUUCAGCUCCCAGCUGAGGUCCCGGCUGGGCAGGGCCGCCACCAGGGCCGCGUGGGGAUCGUCUCGGCGGCACUGGAGGACGACGGUGACGGCGUGGCAGCCCACCGACUCCUCCAGCCGCUCGGCCAGGGAGUGGAACGUGUCGAAAUAAAAAAGGCGUGUGUGCUGCUAACGUGAGCGACAACCUGAGACGUGGAACUGAAGCUGCACGAGUGGGACGUCCCAUCAACACAUCAAAUCCCUCCAUGUUGAAGUUUCCACCAGAGCUGAUUGUCCACAGGAGCAGCGUCGUCUACCUCCUCUACGUGGUGGGAGGACUCCUGAUGACGGUCACUGCCGGGAGUCGGUGUGUGGACGUGGCUGUGAGGACGGCACAGGACCCGGCUAAGCUGCUGCGCCUGUCAAACGCACUCAUCACGCUCAUGGGCCUCAGGAACCAAAAACGAGUUAAAAACUCCCUGGCAAAACGAAAACUGAAAAAAAGGCUGUACUUCACUGAAAGUCUCAACAGUCUCCUUGAUGCGAUAAGAGCGGCGCAGCAUAGAUCCCAGGAGUUUCCUGGUUCCCCUGAGAAACAAAUGCACCUGGAGUCGACGGGUUCUAACUGCAUCUCCGUGAGAAGAAGCAGGAUUUGUUACAUCCUCUUUCGGGGCGUGAGAAGCUGGUCCGUACUGACGCUGUGCACGGGAGACGACUGCAGCGAGCUGAAAACCUACAACCCUUCAGAUCAGCUGCGGUGGCUGGUCGACUUCAGCAGGACGGCUCAGGGACGAGGACACGUGAUCACACUUCUUGUUGGAGGACAAGCUGCUCGAAUCGGCGCCGAACCUCAGAGACACGAUGAUUCAAACGAGCGAGGCCCCUCACGUCUGAGCCUGGUGUCGUCCGCACUGUGUGUGGUUCUGCUUUGGAUGAUCCUGCCUCACAUUGCACUUUGUGUUAUCGUCUUGUUCAGUUGGACGAUGCAGCGACACAUGCGCAGAGCUGUGCUGUCAUAGAUAGGCUAAAAAAAUAAACACUUGAAAGUAUAUUUUCUUCCUUGUCCUUUACAUCAACCCAGAUCAGUGGUUACCAACCUUUUCAAGCCCAAGAUCACUUUUUUAUUCGAAAAACUUAAGCUCCUCCAAAAAAUCCACUUAGGACGGUUAUAUUUGUAUUUUCAGUGGAUUUUGAAGCUUAUUUACAAUAAUCUAGUAACUAUUCUCUUCAGAUAUUUUCAUUUUUGCACCGAUGAUUAUUUUCAAGGGCAGAAAACCGUGAUGUUGCAAACCUGUCAAAGUUCUCUGUCAGCUCGAAGGACGCCAGCCCGUUCUGCAGGUUCCUGACUGUCACUCUCUCCAGGACGCUCCACUGCUUGUCCCUUGACACCAGAACUACGAGCAGCUCAUUGGACGUCUCCUUUGGGGACUUCAGGGAGGCACCAAGUGCACUGACAGAGACAAAGACAUCAAAACAAAUCAUUUGCAAGUGAAAGUCCUGCUUUUAAAUA